CUAUUUUCUUCGAGUCGUUUCAAUGUCUAGUUAUGAUGAUUAUACUUAUUAUUGUAAUCUCUAUUCUGUGCAAUUACCCACAAUUCCUUCGCAAAGCUUCUUCCCGCCAAAUGUUUUCCGAAUGUGAGCUGCAAAAACAAGUUGUAGUUGACUGUGGACUUUAAAAUGCCGGGUUAUUUGAAACAGUUGGAAGUCAAAGACUUCAAGUCCUACAAGGGGAAGAAAAUUAUACCCUUCAAGAAGUUUACAGCUGUGAUCGGUCCAAAUGGAUGCGGAAAAUCCAAUCUUAUGGAUGCAAUCAGCUUUGUUUUGGGGGAAAAGACAUCAAAUCUAAGAGUGAAAAGUGUCAAGGAACUUAUCCAUGGUGCUCCAAUCAAACGCCCUGUUGCCUCAACUGCAUAUGUUACUGCCCAUUAUAUGGAAGAACAAGAUGAUGGCCAAGAAAAGGAAAUAAUAUUCCAUAGAAAAAUACUUGGUAGUGGCACUGAAUAUAGAAUAAAUGGAAAUACUGUUACCCCUAAGGAGUAUCAAGAAAAAUUAGAAAGUAUUGGAAUUUUAAUAAAGGCAAAAAAUUUUCUAGUGUUUCAGGGAGCCAUUGAAUCAAUUGCCAUGAAAACUCCAAAAGAAAGAACUGGAAUGUUUGAGAAGAUCAGCAGUUCUGGUGAACUUGCUACAGAGUAUGAAGCUAAGAAGUCAACCAUGACUAAAACAGAAGAAGAAACAAACUUUUCACUUAACAAAAAGAAGGGUGUCACUGCUGAGAAAAAGGAAGCCAAGGCAGAAAAAGAGGAAGCAGAGAAAUACCAAAAACUGAAGCAGGAUCUUAGUGAUGCAAAAUUGGAAGCUCAGCUUUUCAAGCUCUAUCAUGCAGAAAUUGAAAUAAACAAUAUAUUUCAAGAAGUCAAAGGUGAAAACAAGGAACUGGAAAGAAUUCUCUCGAGGAAAAAGACGAUUGAAGAACAUUUUAAAAGUAAGAAAGCCGAAUCUGCCAAGUUGUCAAGGGAACAGGCACUUGUUGAAAAGAAAAUGAAUGAUAAAGAAAGUGAACUUAACAGAAAACGACCCAUGUAUAUCAAAGCCAAAGAGAAGAGAGAUCAUGCUGUUACAAAGCUUGAAGAAACAAGGAAGAGUUUGGCGAAGACGAAGGAGCAGCAAAGAAGGCAGCAGAAAGAGAUUGAAGAUGUAAAUCGUGAGUUGGAAGAAGUGAAAAAGAUGGCGGAGCAAUUUGAGGCUGAUUUUUCAGAAGAAAGCGAGGGUCAAAGCUUGGAGCUCAUGGGAACACAGAUGGAAGAAUAUUUGAAACUUAAGGAAGAAGCUGGGAAGCAAGGCACAGCACUUCAAAUGCAACUUGACAAGGUCAACAGGGAUCAAAAAUCUGACCAAGAAGCAUUGGAACAAUGUAAUUACCGCAAAAACGAACUGCUCGCCCGUCAAAAGCAUCUUGAGGACAAGAAACGAAGCUUGCGGGAAAGACUCACUCAGCUAGAUGACUAUAUCAAGACCAAUGUUGACAGUGUAAACAAGCACAGAGGGGAUUAUGAAGACAUAGAGAGGAGAGUCAGAACUGCACAGACGCAAUGUAGAGAAAUGGAAGACCUACUUUCAACUGUGCAAAAUGAAUUAAACGAAGCCAAAACCGAUAAACAUGCCAGUGCGAGACAAGUUAGAAAAGCUGAAAUUUUAGAAAGCAUGACCAAGUUGUUUCCUGGAGUCCAUGGGAGGCUAGUUGAUCUUUGUGAACCAGUUCAUAAAAGAUACGCCAUUGCCAUCACAAAAGUCCUUGGCAAAAAUAUGGAUGCAGUUGUCACAGACACAGAGCAAACUGCAAGAGAUUGCAUUCAAUAUAACAAAGAGCAGCGAGGGGAACCAAUCACCUUUCUGCCUUUGGAUUCAAUCCAGACAAGACCAAUCAACGAGCAGCUUAGACAGCUCGGUGGAACUGCAAAGCUUGUCAUUGAUGUCAUCCACUUUAAGCCGCCAACUAUCAAGAAAGCCUUGCAGUACGCAUGUGGCAACGCUAUAGUUUGUGACAACAUGGAAGAGGCAAGAAAGUUUGCCUUUAGCGGAUCAGAGAGGAGAAAAACAGUUUCUUUAGAUGGAACAAUGUUUGAACGAUCAGGAGUCAUGUCUGGAGGACUUAGCGACAUCCGUGCAAAGGCAAAACGCUGGGAUCAAAAACACGUGGACUCGUUGAAACGACGAAGAGACAAGUAUGUUGCAGACAUCAAAGAAUUGCAGAGAGAGAGGAGGAAAGAGGCGGAUUUGUCAGCUAUGAAGUCGCAAAUUGAUGGACUGGAAAAUCGACUCAAGUUUGCCAAGAAAGAUAAAGAAACAACAGAGGGUCAGGGUUUGCGCAAUUGCGUCAAAGAAAUGGAGACAAAUGCUGUUGCGAUUGACGAACUUGAGCCGGAUUUUGAAAAAUACCAAAGGCAGAUCAAAGGAAGAGAGAAAGAGAUAAGAAAAUUGGCAGAUAGACUCAAUGCUGUUCAAGACGAGAUUUUUGCAGAGUUCUGUGUCACAAUUGGCGUUGAAAAUAUCAGGCAAUACGAAGAAAAACAACUCAAGGCAGUUCAAGAAAAACAAGAAAAGAAGUUGGAAUUUACAAAACAACAGUCGCGACUAAAUAAUCAGCUGGAAUAUCUAACCUCACGAGACUAUCAAGCACAUCUCAAGAAACUAGAGAAAUCGAUAACAGCAGAAGAAAAGGAAAUAGAAAAACUCAGGAAUAUUGAAAAAGAUCAUUUAGAGGAGAUUGAUCAAGAUACUUCUGAACUUGAUAGGCUUCGACUGGAAUUCGGCGCAACGAAAAACAAAAUUGAAGAGAAGGAAUCAGAAAUAAAAGAAAUACGAAAGUCAUUGACUGCAAAUGCAAAAGAGGAAUCGACAUUGCAAAAGAAAGUCACCUCAAAGGAACGCCAGCUAGAAGAGAAACUUGCUGACCGUCAUAACUUUUUCCAGCAGUGCAAGCUUGAAGACAUCAAAUUACCGCUUAAAAAAGGUUCAUUAAACGACAUUUCUGAUCAGACCUCAUCUAGUCACACGGACGAAGACACGGAUGGGAAUGAGAGCUUAGGCAGUUCACAAAUUGCAAGGAGAAUUUAUGAGAAAGAAUCGCACAUAGAAGUGGACUUCCACAAAUUGCCGAGAAAAUUCAAAGAGCUGUCAGAUGCAAAGGAGAUAAAGAGCACAUUGCAAGAAAUCGAAUCCAGAAACAGCAAAUUGGAAGCAACUUUGUCGAGGAUUGCUGCACCCAAUAUGAAGGCAAUGGAUAAGCUCGAUGAUGUUCAAGCAAGACUGAAAGAAACAAGUAAUGAAUUUGAAAGUAUACGUAAAAGAGCCAGAAAAGCCAAAAUGGAAUUCGAAGCUGUAAAGAAACAAAGAUACGAUCGAUUCAUGAAUUCCUUUGAGCACGUGUCAAAUAAAAUAGAUGAUAUUUACAAGGAACUGUCGAACAAUCCCAGUGCACAAGCAUUCCUAGGAGCAGAAAACAACGAGGAGCCGUACUUAGAAGGAAUUGGGUACAACUGUGUUGCACCUGGUAAACGAUUCCGUCCAAUGGAUAAUUUGUCUGGUGGUGAAAAAACAGUAGCAGCCUUAGCGCUUCUUUUUGCAAUACACAGCUAUCAACCGGCACCCUUUUUUGUUUUGGAUGAAAUCGAUGCUGCGUUAGAUAACACCAACAUAAACAGAGUUGCUAGGUAUAUCAAAGAGCAAACUCACAAGAAUUUUCAGUGCAUUGUGAUUUCUCUAAAAGAAGAAUUCUACUGCAAGGCGGAUGCCUUGGUUGGAAUUACCCUCGAGCCCGACAUGGACUGCACAACAACCAAAGUCUUUUCCCUAGACCUUACACAGUACCCGGAGUAGUUGUUUGUCAAGGUGUCCAAGACGUUAGUCCAGAAGAUUUCCGACCACUUUCCAAAGUUUUCCAAUGACGUAUCGGUUUUAUUCCUUUCGAAACUUCGUGUUUUGAAACUUUUGUAGAUGCAGUCGUUUCAAGUUUUGUUGAAAGUUUAAUUUAUCUUGCCAACAAUUGUUUUUCCUGUUUC